CACAGCCUCAAAGGGAGUAAUCGGGCGCCCAAAUUGCACCGAAAAGACGAAGUUACACGCAUAAUAUCUUUAGAAAGCCUUGCACUUUAUCCAGCGUGUCACUUUUCCAAGUUAUAUCGUUAUUGUGUUAUCCUCAAUAUGAUUAGGUUAAUUGAUACCACGACACUGAAGUUCAAGAGAGUCGAUAAUGAAAUUAGAGCGCAUGGAAGAUACGCUAUCCUCUCUCAUGUGUGGCUGGGUAAGGAACACGAAGUCUCAUUCAAAGAACUGAAACUUCUAUCUUCAACGAAGAAAGGGGCGAUAAAAGUCCGAGAAUUCUGCCGUGUCGCACGAGAAGUAUAUGGGCUGAAAUACGCCUGGGUGGACACACGUUGUAUUAAUCACGAUGAUUUACGAGAAACCCAAACUGCUAUUAAUUCCAUGUUCAGAUGGUAUAAAAAAGCGGCUGUCUGUAUCGUCCAUCUUUUUGAGCACGAAGAUGCCCGUUCGUUUCCCGAGGCUCGUAAAGAUCUCCCUCCUGAGAGUUGGUUUAAAAGAGCUUGGACGCUCCAAGAACUUUUAGCGCCGAAAAAGGUGCAUUUCUACAAUAAGAAUUGGCACUUUAUAGGCUCCAAAGUCGACUAUGCUUCUGAAAUAAGCACCAUUACAUCAAUACCCGAGGAAGCCAUCACGAAUAAAAAGGAGCUUGGGACAUAUUCAGUAGCCCAGAGGAUGUCUUGGGUCGCUGGCAGGAAGACUACCUACGGCGAAGAUAUUGCUUAUUGCCUUUUGGGUAUAUUCGAUAUCAUCGACUUGCCGAAGGAGUAUGGUCUAGGGAACGGGGAUCGUCCUCCGGCCGACGAGGCCUUUCGCCUCCUUCAGAUGAAGAUUAUCGAUAAAUACGACGACCUUUCAAUCUUCGCAUGGUACGACCCUAAGCUCAAAGAAACGGAGAAGACUUACGACCUCCUCGCUCGUUCGCCCGAGUUAUUCGCUGAAUGUGGGGAUUUCGUUAAAAUCUCCCCAUGCGUGCAGCAAAUGGAGAUUAAGAAGAAUAAACUCCAGGUCACAGGGCAGCCACAUCUAUGCCUCGUAAAAGCUACAUCAACAAAUGAGGUUGAGCCGUGGGAAGGAGAUACGUGGUAUAAUGACACCCUGACGGUUCCCUGGGGGGAUGGCCCCCAUCGGUGCGUGCUCUUGGUUAGCAGUCUCUGCGGGAAUUUAAUAGGAAUUCACCUUGAGGAGGUAUCCCAUCACGUUUUUAGGAAAUGUGCGAGCCCGAUGCUACAAUUGGACAUGUAUCGAACUGGAUACGUCGGAUUAGACGGUUACGAGAUCAUCUUGGAUAGUGUCAGCACCAGCGUCUAGAAUAACCGAUACGCAAUCUUGGAACCUAUCAAAAUAUCCCCGACAUUGCCGGCGUUUCAACACCAUAACUACGACUACCCACCUCUACGACAUGUAUUCAAAAUCAGGGUCGGUGUAACGUAAGUAGCGUUUGAACUUGUUCAAUAUUUCUGAGCAAGACUCUACAUGCUUUGAUCUCACUUCCGCUGACUU